CAGUCUGUUUUCUGGAGUUUGUCAUUCUCCUCAUCUUCUAAAGACACUAACACACAUGACAUCUCUGUAAUAAGAGCAGCAGCUGUCAAAGAAAACAGUACAAGGUCAGUCGUCAUCAUGGUGAACGGUACACUGAAUGACCUGUCUCAGCUCAAACAAUCAGGCUUCGGUCAGCCGUGGCCUAGACAUGGCUUGAACCUGUUGUAUUGGUUUGCUCAUGACUACAUCGACUUCAGAAAUGGGAAAAUGGUCUCCAUCUCUAGCCCUCACGAUAAUCGCUUUGGCUUUCACAAGUUCAAAAAUGAUGAUGAUGAUCACAUUGUGCCUAUUGAGAAUCUCCCAUACUAUGAGGUGGGCAACCUGAACGCUCCAGGAGCAGACGAACUCCCAAAUUAUGUCAGGGCAGAAUACAACCAGAGCAAUCGUGACAGUAACAAGGAUCGCAUUAUUGUGCAUCAGGACGCCAAUGGCAACUUCAACAGAGUGUAUGUGACUGAACACUUGAAAGAUAACUUGAAACAGUUCGACAGCAAAAAAACCUACUGCGUGAGCCAGGGACUCCUCCAGAUCAUCAAGAACAUGACUCGAGAGCAGUUUCUCAAUAAGACAUCCAAAACUCAAGAAGUGCAUGCCAGUCAACCCCAGAUCUCCAAACCUGAAGUGGGGGGUGUCAGAAAUAGACCGCAGAUACGUGAAGUGACUGCGCCUCUAGACAAUUCCUGCUCAUGUACCAUUCUUUAAAUACAA